ACGCUUCUUCUGCCCGCCGCAGCUGCGCUGGCUUCCUCGCGUUCGCCCUUCCGCGCCCGAAGUGGGACGGGAGACAGGUCGUCGUCCUUCGUACGGAUCGCGAGACGCCGCCCCCGAUUGGCUGCACUCAAACUUCGCGAGGGGGGAGGGGGACAUAUCCGGAUUGGGGACCGUUAUAUGAGUGACCGUUGGGGCCCUCGAGACCACCACAUAGGCUGGGGGAGGCUCCGGGGCUCCCGCGGCAGGAACUCGGACAGCGGCCUGUAGCUUGUUUGGGGGUGGACGGGAGACCCUCUUGUCAUCCCUGAAAUGCUGAUGAGGACUAAAAUAAGAUACUUCUUGCGGCUGGUGCCUGGAAGGCAGCAUUUUGGCAUGUACAGAUUCCUUCCUUUCUUCUUUCUCCUUGGGGGAGCCAUGGAGUGGUUUAUGAUCAAUGUCCGGCUUGGCGAAGAGACAUUUUAUGAUGUUUACCGUAGGAAACGGUCGGAGAGACAGUACGAGCAGAGGAUGGAAGAAAGAUGAAUUUUGCACUGAACCAUUUUGUCAGAAAUACCCUGAACUCUUGAAUCCUGUGAAUAAUAGUUUAGAGAAUUGUCACUCCUGUUAAAUGCAUUCACAAGACUACAUCUCUGCAAGUUGGACUGUAAUGCACUCAGUGCCUGGUCUAUGAAACAGGGUUUUCCAAAAUAUUUUUAGAAUGUAUUUUUCCUUCACCCACUUUAGAAUCUUUUCCAGUAAUGUUUUCUGAAUCGAAGGGUGAAGAAUGUUUUGUGCAAAGCUGUUAAGUGAACUUAACUGAAUAAACAAAGUACCACUGCUUCUUU